CUCUUUACUUUGCAGAGCCGAUCUUCUACUUCACCAAGGGUCAGAGGAAGUCGAUCAAAUUGAACUUUGGCGGUCACAGCUAUGUCAAGUUCAUGGAGAACAGCCGCGGCACCAAGUGGAUCUGCGCCACACGCUCAACAACCAAAUGCCGCGCACGCGUCCGCACCAAGGACAAUGCGCUCGAGGUACUCCACGAAGCGCACAAUCAUCAAAUGUCCAAGCGACAGCGCGAACGUGCCAAGUCGCGACGCACACUCAGUUAAUAUAUUACGAACUUUAAUCGGAUCGCAUCGCAUUCUGCUGAAAACAUUUUUUUGAAAUAUCCCAAAAGAAUUUGCCUAUAAGAUAAGAUACAUUAUUGUAUAUAGCUGGGUCAGGUCUGGCCUUGAGGAUGUUACAGAUUUUAUCAGAAAAUCGAAUAUAUCAUAGAGUAUAUAUAGUCUUAAUCCCUGUAAAGAGUCGCGUUAGCCAUGUCCAAAAGACUCUUGGCACUGUUAGAUCCUUUAUACAGUUGGUAUAGGAACUAUAUAUAUAGAUAUCCCAGGCAACAAUAGGCCCGGCUUCAGAAUCUCAUUAUUCUAGGACAUAUGAACAACCAAUUUUACAACUGUUAAGCUCUGGACAAGAAUUUGGAAAUAAAAUAUAGAUAUAUA